CAUUCAUUACCCAGAGGUGAAAGAGGAAUAUGUCUUUAUAGCAAGUAACAUAGGUCUUUUUAUUUCCCAACUGAUAAUCUGUACAAGUUACCUUAAAAUACGCAAUCGGUUGCGCGCAUCAUCACCAGGGCUUGAUAUUCAUGGCCAUCACUUACAGGCACACAAUCUACGGCUUUCUAAAACGCUUUUCAUCACAAUCGCUUCGUCGCUUGUGUUUUGGAUACCUGGUUUUGUAGUUUACUCAACUAGAGAAUUUUGUCCUCAAUGCUUUCCUGUACCAGUAGUUUGGUUCGCGAAUGCUAUGUAUCUGGCAAAUUCUAUGGUGAAUCCCUUCGUCUACAGUUUUAGGAUGACAAUAUUUAAAGACGCUUUAAAGAAACUCUGCAGGAAAAGACAACAGAACAUAGGACCAGGGUUAGCAAGUCGGCAUGCACAGAGCCUUGUAUUUUGACUAUCAAAAGCCUGUCACUUAUUCAGCAUAAAGGUAUACCAACAUCUACGGUUAUGAGUUGAUAUGUCAAACUAGGGAUAGCAAUAUAAUGACGCUGAUUGUGAAAAAUGAUCACUGAAAUAGGCUGUGGUCACAUUGUGUUUGCAGUUGAAAUAACGCAAGGUAUGCACUUGUGGAAAGUCCAUUUUACAGGGUGGUUUGGCAGCGGUUAUGUAGUGGUUUAUUUCCAGAUGGAGAAGGGAACAGUGGAUCUUAACAAAACAUGUUCAGUUGAACAGUCAGCGCCUCUCAUGGUUCUUGUCAGUUGAAGAUGUUAUUUUGGUCUACCUGCCAUACCAUUACAAAAUCUAAAAGGUGCCAAUGUUUAUAGCGGGGUUGCGAAGAGGUCAAGUAUAUGACCCCUAUAUUAGCAACAGCAUGGUGAACUGGAAGACAGUUUGGGCGGGAUAACAUCAGAAGAGGAAUCUGGCAAGGAGACUCCCUAUCAUCCUUUUUUUCAAUUGUCAUGUUGCCACUCACAAUAGUGAUGUGAAGUAUAUGAAAUAAUUCAUUUUUGAACUGCGGUUGUAGAUGAAAGUGAAGAAUGAUCAUCGCAGUAAAUUUUCCAAUUUAAGCAAUUGGAAAGAAGAAGCCUGAAAAAAAUCGGGGCUUCAACGGGAUUCGAACCCGUGACUUCCGCGUUGCUGGUGCGUUGCUCUACCAACUGAGCUAUGAAGCCACACAUUGGCCUCGCUCCCAAUGUGUGGCUUCAUAGCUCAGUUGGUAGAGCAACGCACCGGCAACGCGGAGGUCGCGGGUUCGAAUCCCGUUGAAGCGCUGAUUUUUUUCAGGCUUCUUCUUUCCAAUUGCUUUAAUUGGAAAAUUUACUGCGAUGAUCAUUCUUCACUUUCACUCACAAUAGUGUUACGAAAAAUGAGGGCUGCAGGAUAUAAACUGGCGAAGGCGUGAAACCCAUUAACCAUCUAUUGCUCAUGGAAGAUUGGGGGUUUACGGAGCUAACACAGACAAACUUAAGUAUUAAAAGAGGUGUUCUCUUGACGCGGAGAAAAAGACGACAGAACACAAGUCCAGCUCAGCAAAAUAGUCCGUGCUUUUGCCCGGAAGGAGCUUCACUCCAAUACUUUUGAUCUGCCUGAAGUACAAAAAUAUUGAAAGCUCAGAUUGUAUGGCAUAAUUAAUUAGGUAAAAGCCUUAUCUAUGCAUUCAACAACUGUGAAGCGUACACCUUUGAAAGAGUUACGCUAAAUGCACAGAUCAUUCUGGUAAAAUGUACAAUUACGCGAGUGAUUUUUGUAGCUUCCAUCACCAACAUGGUUGUAAAAGAAUGAUAUUUUUAUAUUUUGUUUCGUUGAUUGCCAUAAAUUAAUUAUCCCAUCGUCACCCCUUAACAGCUUGAUUAACCCAUAUAAAUCACAGGCUGCCAGAUUGUGAAUCAUUUGAAGGAGGUGAAAUUGUUGAAGAUACGAUUUCUGACAUUAAACUUGUUGCUACUUGAAAAAUUCUCCUUUUUUGAAUAGCCUCAAACGCGUUUGACAUAUUUGAUAUUCACUAAUAAGACUGAAUGACCCUCAUGACGCGAGUUAAAGAUAAUAUCCUGUGCUGUGUUAAAUUUCAGCGCUGUUAACUUAUUUAAGAAAUUAUUGGUAUAAUAUGUAAUGCUUUUAUUCAUGCAGUGCGAAUAGGUGCAGGUUACUCGGCUUAAGUCUUAGAUAACUAACAAAAGCUCAUGGUUAUGUGAUGCAUUUUAAUGCCUGAAAAGUUCAGUCUUACAUUUUUCCCAAGUCUAAGCAGUAAUCAAAUAACGAAAAAAAGUAUCUUUGUGAUAUUUGUGACAUUUAAAUGAAUAUUAACUUUUUCAAAUCACUAAUUAGUUGUAAUAUUUCAAAUAAUAUUUAUGCCACUCUUUUCUCAGAAGAGGUCGAUGAUAUGCGAUAAACUUUCAUUUGCAACGAGCUGCCGGGCUGAUGAUACUUAUUAGCCAAGCACUAAUGACAUGAUAUACAGUUUUUAAACAGUUAGAGAACGGAUGUAAUAACGCUAAGUGCGUUUAUAGAAACACUGAGAUCCCCAUAAACCUUAACGAAUAUUUCACCAUUUAUCAUUUUGAAAUAUCGCACUUGUCAAAACGAAAAUAAUAUAUGAACAGGAAAAAGCUACAUUUCCCUUAUUCGACACCCUCUCAAAGAUUAAAAACAUGGAAAAAGGCAUUCUUUUUUUCAUCAAUACUGAAAAAUUGUAAUUAUUUACCUGUAUAUAGGAGAUGAUUCGAAUAUAAUAUAAAUCUUUCGAUGGGUAGAUGUUUAAUGAGCCAAAAAAUAAUCUUACGGCACACAAAUCAGGUUUAGAUUUUGUUUUAAGUUCGUCGUACUUUAAUUUCAUAUCUAUUAUGCGUUAUUAAAUCACCAGUCUUUUUUAUAUUAACAAUACACUAGAUAACCCCGAUGUCCAUAAAACUGAUAACCGAAGUAUAAGAUCUUUUCAUUGUAGAUGCGAAUAAAUAAUCGUGUUUAUUGACACGUGAUGUGGAUGUUGUGAAACCGACUUUUUAUCCUCACGGUUUCUUUGUGGCCAACUGAGAUUAACAUCAGGUCUCCUCAACUUAUCAAAUAGCAAUUAUUGGAUUCGGCUUUCAUUUAGUGAUAUGAAGAAUUAAAAAGAUUGAGGAGGGGGUUAUCGGCCGUGAUCUUCUAGUCCGACAUCACAUAAACAUGCCAGUUACCUUCAUUUUUGUACAGAUCCUAUCUUCAAUGCCUCACUCCUCUGCACUCUAAGGUUAUGAAGGGAGAAUAUUCAUUCUAGCAUAGAAUGAAUAAUAAUACUCAUUUAAGCUUACUGAGCUGUACUAACUCGGUGUAUGAACGGAACUUUAUUUAUUUUAAUCAUUUCUACAAAGAAAUUUGUAGAAUUUAUGCGUUUUUCCAAAGCGCAUAAAUAUUAUUCAAUAGCGUGGGAGAAGUCCAUGCAGUAAGUCAGUUUAAUUAAAAAAAAUAAAAUUAAAGUAAAUUACAAAAAAGAAACACGCACACACAUAUACGGCAAGCAAAUUUAAUGCCAUGGUCAGAAUGUUUUACUUAAAAAUCAAUUUUUGUGGGCUUAAGAAAUGAAUAUUGAUAUUUUUUUGCCAUUUAUUUUAUCAACUGCAUUAGCAAAACAUAACAUGACAUGCUUUGUAAUUAAAGACUUGAUACUUGGGCAUUUGGCAUGGGCUUUGCAAAUAAGUAAUUUUUUAAGGCUGAUAAUUCAUAAAAACAAAAUAUGAGUGUUGCAGUGACAACAGCAUCAUGGAUUCCCUGAAAUAACUUAGAUGAGAUGAGUCCUGAUUCAGUUGCCUUCCUGACAAUCACACUUUUCAAAUGACACUUAAUGUUAGAUCAUGUUCUAGUUUUCACGCUUUUCUCCCUUAAAUUUUAGUUAAACAUGAACAUUGAAAUUGUCAAUUUUACAAACAACGAAAUGUAUAUAAAAUUACCGCUGAAAGAACAUGAGCGGAAUAUGUUGAUUAAAUCUAUGCACUAAUAUACACAAAAGGAGUGUUAAGUAAGACACAUUUUUUUAUGAGAUGCCAAUUUCAUUUGUGAAUUUUCUUUUCUAUUCCUUUCUUAUUACUGAACCGUUUUCAUUUUUGUUAAUUGAAAAUGACAUCCCGAAGUAUUCUGCUAUCAUACUAGAUGCAAAGCGCGUCUAUGUACACUGCUGCUAAGAAAAUGUCGUAAAAUUAGCGCUUACGGCUUCUAGUUUAUUUUCAACAUUAUUACGACACAUGUUAAUUUAGUCAUUUCGUUAGCUUCGUCAGCUUCAAGCAUCAUGUAUCUUGGACUCACUGAGCUUUACAAAGAUCCGUCCUAUCUGCCUUCAUGUAGAAACUCAGUAUGUAUAUUUGGUCUACAAAAACAGUAUUAAUACUGAGAAAUAAUAUAGGAACGAUAUUUUCUUGUCAUCUUCGCUACUGUGACCUUUUCAACUGUGCUCGAGUUGUUCUUAAGGACGAAGUAUCUGGUUGCUGGUGGAUUGGGAUAGGGAACUAGAUAACAGAACGAGGAAAGACAUGCCUUCAUCGACGUCCAUUUUGUUCGCAGUCAUCUACGCACUGGAGGCAAUCAUGAUCAUUAUUGGAAACACGUUUACUAUUAUCGUAUUCUGGAAUCAAAGAUCCGGCAUAAAACGAACUUAUUUUCUUUUGAUUAAUCUCGCAAUUGCAGAUUUACUUGUAGGGAUUACAGAACUAACAGUCUUGGCAGCUUUCAAAUUUGAGGUCAUGCUAGAAAGUGACACACUAUUGAUGAAUCCUUCGGUUGCUUUCCAAGUUUUGUUUCCGAGUACGUCCGUCCAUUUUCUCGCGCUUGUCUCCUUGGAACGUGCUUUCUCUGUGUUAUGGCCAAUCCGCCAUCGUUCCACAAACAGUCGAGUUUACAUCUUUAGUAUCGUUUUUGGGUGGGCAGUUGGACUUUGCUUCUUUGCUUUAACCCUCAUCGCCAUUCUUUACCCAGAGGUAAAACAGGAAUAUGUUUUUAUCACAAGUAACACAGGUCUUCUUAUUUCCCAACUGAUAAUGUGUAUAAGUUACCUUAAAAUACGCAAUCGGUUGCGCGCAUCAUCACCAGGGCUUGAUAUUUAUGGCCAUCAUCAAUUACAGGCACACAAUCUACGGCUUUCCAAAACGCUUUUUAUCACAAUCGCUUCGUCGCUGGUGUUUUGGAUACCCGGUUUUGUAGUUUAUUCAACCAGAGAAUUUUGUCCUCAAUGCUUUCCUAUACCAGUAGUUAGGUUCGCGAACGCUAUGUAUCUGGCAAAUUCUAUGGUCAAUCCCUUCGUCUACAGUUUUAGGAUGCCAAUAUUUAAAGACGCUUUUAGGAAACUCUGCAGGAAAAGACAACUGAACAUAGGAGCAGGCUAG